AUGAGCCAAAAUACGCCUCGAGUUGCAUACAAAGACAGGACUGUCCUCGAUAAAGCUAGUAUCUGUACAAUUGCCGCCGAAAGACUUUUGCCAGAGGCAGAGAAACUGUUUGCUUGCUGGACCCCACGAAACCACGAUGCCGCAGGUACACGAGAAGCCUUCGACAGUUUCAAAGCGGACAUUCCAAAUACGAUAGGUCUUUUGCGAAAUUUGAAGCAGGAGAUGGAGAUUCUCCUUGAAAAGCGUGAUAGGGGGGAGGAUGUACGUCGUGAAACCAACUUGUCCGAAAGACAGCUUAAGAUCGUGUUCGAUGACGAACUUCCAGAUGUGAAUAAAUGUCUUGAAAACCUCUCUAAUAUAUGGGAGAAGUUGACCGCCAAAAAUGACAAUGGAGGUCAAGAAAAAACUUCUAAUGAAUGA